AUGAUCAAAAUCAGUAACCCCUAUCACACCCCUCGCUUCACGGCGAGCUCAAAUAGUUUCCCCGAUCGCAAAAAAGUUUUGUUGCAUAUCUUAAAAUUUGGAUUUAUUGGUCAAUUGAGUGAGCUGGAAAGAUUGCUCCGCGUGGUGCGCAUGGCUGGCUCGGUGGUCAAAAGUCACCUAUACAACUUUUAUAAAGUUAAAGUCAGAAUUGACUUCGAAUGUCGAACUUUAGUUCUUGCUUCAUAUGCCGUUAACUUGAGUAAAUAA